UUUAAAAAUCGAAGGAAAACGAUAAACAUUUUUUAAAAAUCACGUUUUGCUCAGAAAAUUGCACUUUUUCAGCUUAUAUAUAAAUAUCAGAAAACCGUUUCAAACUUUAGGACCCAAUUAUUCUUCUUAAUAGUGUGUUUGUUAAGUUAAAACAGCAAAUCAGUUUGAUAAAUGUAACAAUGGUGAUUUGCACGUUCUUUUUAAAUAACAGUUGUCGCUUUGGUUCAAAAUGCAUUAAUGACCACAUUGAUUUGGCGUCUGUUAUCAAAUCCGAAGUGGAUGGUACUCUCAAAGGUAACCAAUGGCCACUGUCGUGCUUUGGACCCUUUAAAGGGCGCACUUGUGUGCCGAAUUUCAUAGAAGAUUUCAGUUAUGAAGAAAUUAGAAUGAUGUACCUGAAAGCCAAAAUGCAAAAUAAUAUUGCUGAGCACCAGAUGCAACUGGGAAGAAUGAUUACCGAGGCUAAACAGAAAAUGCAAUGGCUUGCCACGACAAACUCAAGCAUAAUGAAUAUAUUGAUUGAAUUGUACAAUCAACAGGAAGAUUCUUCAAAACCAGUGAUCGGUCAACCACCAACCGGACCUGUAAAUAAUCCAUUCGCCGCUCAAAUGGAGAAUUCUGCUCCCGGUUCUACAGCGAGUAUUUUCGGAGGGGGAAGUGCAUCUGGAGGAUUUGGAACAAUGAAUGCUGCUUUUGGCAAUUCAGGAACAACAGCGGGCAAUAUAUUCGGUACUGCAUCAAAUCAAAUUGGAUCUGGUAUUUUGGGUGGUGCAACUAACAGUACUUCGGUUGGAGGAAACAUGUUUGUGAAUCCUGCUCAAGCCGCAGCAACAGUAACCUCAAAUGUAUUUGCCUUACCGAAUUUGGGAAACAAACAAACAUCUAGUAACGUAUUUGGAGCCCCUCCUGUUUUUGGAAACACCAAUGUGUCGUUAUUUCCGGCCAAUCAAAAAAGUCAGGAUUCAUAUUCAGAUCCGGGUGGAUCCAUUUUCGGCGGAAACAGUGCGGCCUCAGUUCCUACUGGACAUUUAUUUACACAACAAGCUCAAUCGGUUUUUGGUCAAACAUCAAAUCAGAAUAAAAAUCUGUUCGCAAAUGCUUCGCAAACUCAACAUGCUACAGGAACUCUUUUUGCGCCUACUCCUAUAAAUACAAAUCCAUUUGUGAAUCCGACAUUCGGAGCUUCUCAAACAUCUUCCCAAGAACAUCAAAAUUUGUUCGGAUCAAGUUUUACACAAUCACCCCAACAAUCAGUACAGACUAGUAUGUUUUCCCAACCUGCAACACAAGCUCCCGCUGGAAGUAUGUUCGUCCCUACACCACAAGUAGCACAACCGGGCCAGACGGGCCCCUUUACAGCACAUCAGCAAUCUGCAUUUGGGAGUAAUGCUACAUCAAUCAACACUCCGUCAACUACAACUAGUACCGGCUUAAACACCCCGUCUGUUACGCUAUACAGUAGAAUGGAAGACUUGAACAAAGAGCAACUGGAUGCGUUCAAUGCCACUGCUUUUGAAAUCGGCAAAAUCCCAACUGUUCCACCACCUCGUGAGCUAUGCAAUUGAUUUAAAAUUACUAGGUACCUGUUGACAUCAAUAAAAAACAUCUUCGAA